CGGGGUUGUGUAUGUCCUCUCGCCUCCUGGGGCUGCGCCCCCACUCUCUCCCCCUCCCGCCGCACCUCCCAGGGUUCUUUGUUCUAUGUCCCCCUUUGUCCUUCAGGGCUUGCGUCCCCUGCCCCUGAGAUUGUGUGUCUCCCCUUACCCCCGGGGUGUCGUGUCCCUGUCCCCUGCCCCCGGGAAUGUGUGCUCGCCCGAGGGACUGUGUCCUCUGCCCCCAGGGUUGUGUGUUGCACCUCCCGCGCCCCCGGGGUUGUGUCCCUGCCCCCGGGAUCGCGUGUCGCGGUCGUCCCUCCCCUCACCCCCGGGGUCGCGUGUCUCCGGCCCCAGGAUUGUGUGUUGCGCCCCUCUUGCCCCUGGGUUUGUAUUCUCUGCCCCCAGGGUUGUAUUGCCACACCGCUAGCUGGAGACCCGGGCUGCUGCCCCCAAAUCGCGGGGUGCCCCAGUCCAGGAGCACCCGGCUGGUGCUGGUGUGCAGCUCAGGGGCCUCAGCCUGUGGGCAUGUAAACUCCUUGCAUAUGGAAAGGUAUGGGGCAUGGAAAUGAACAUGGUCAUGGCCAUGGCCAUGGCAAAAUAGAGCUUCCUGACUACAGGAUAUGGAAGGUAGAGGGUACACCACUGGAGAAGGUCCAGGAAAAGCUAGCUAAACGGGGUCUUAGGGAUCCGUGGGCUCGUAAUGAAGCGUGGAGAUACAUGGGUGGCUUUGCAAAACCUGUCACCCUAACAGAAGUCUUUACCAGGGGACUCAAGUGGGGAUUUCCAGCUUUCCUCAUAGCUCUUGGCAUUGAAUAUACCCUGUUUCCUCCAAAGAAGAACGGAGGCCAUCACUGAAAAUCAAAUAUGACAACUUAAUACUUACUCAUUACUAAGCUGAAACGUACAUAAGCCUGGUGCUCACUCUGUGCUUAUGAUGUGCUUAUUAAAGUCUAUCACAGGCAAA